AUGGCAACAUCACUAGACAGCUCUUCAAUGGAGGAUGUUACAUUGUGUUCUAUAUGUUUCGAAAUGUUCAAGUCGCCAAGGUUUUUACCGUGUACACAUUCCUUCUGUCACGGUUGUUUAUCUUCCUACAUCGUUAAUGUGUGUAAAUCUACGGAGCCUCGUUUGGGAUUUAAUUGUCCAUUGUGCCGAAAGUACAUUCCCAGUCCUGGAGCCUUCGAUAAGCCAGACGAGUGGGUGGGGAUUUUCCCUUUAAAUGAAGUUUUAGAGACAAUCGUUCAUAAGCGUGAUAAGAAACUGUGCGAUCCUUGCUUACGAGACAACGAAAAUGAAAAUGCUACCGGGUUCUGUUUUUCUUGCACUGAAUAUUUAUGCGUAGUAUGUACCAAACAUCACAGAAAACAUUUGCCCUCAAAAGACCAUACCGUGUGUCAACUGAACAAGAUGAAAUCCGGGGACAUAUUUCCUGAAUCAGGAAAUAUCCAUAGCUGUCUAGAACAUAAAAAAGAAACUAUAAAAUUCUUCUGUAACGAUCAUGAGCAGCCAUGUUGUUCAGUGUGUAUAGGAACGAAGCACAGGAAAUGUGAAAGUGUUGAUACUAUGGAAGAUAUGGCAAAACAUAUAAAACAAAAUGGACAACUGGAUGUACUUAUGGGCGAUGUGAAGAACCUGGAAAAAAAACUGACAGAAGCAAAGAACGAACAAGAGAAGAAUGUAGCAGAAAUAGAGAAUUCAGUGGACGAAAUCAUAGAGAAAACAGAAAGGGAAUUCAAAGAACUUGUUGAUCACCUAGAAAUACUGAAGAACAAACAUUUAGAGGAAGUAGCGGGUGCCCUGAAGAAAGGAAGGGGGAAGUUAUGUAAUUGUACAAAUACUCUUACUGAUGGUAUACAGUGUACAGAUUACUGCUGCCGGAACAUUGAAAGCGCUAAAGAGACGGAGAAUGAUGCUGAAAUGGUGAUGACGUAUUACAGAGUGAAAGAGAGGCUCUUACAGCUUCAACAGUUUAAAUUCACAAAGAAACAGAUAACGAUAUCGGAAACGAAAUCACAAGUUUUGAAAGAAGUGAGGAAUAUGGAAUCUUUUGGAGAUAUUGAAUAUGCUGAAUCUGAUCGUCACAUCACGUACGAUGUAAAUGACAUUGCGUUAUCUUUAGUUUCAGAAUUCAGUAUUGCUGGAGGACAUCCGAAUGUGUUCACCGGGAAUAUUCUGUCAAAUGGUAACUUUGUUGUUGCAGAUUUCAAAACUAAUGGCACGUGUUUUAUUUAUAACAAAGACUGGAAAUUCACGGAAGUCAUUGAUGGAUUAGCUAACCCUUUUGAAGCAAUACAAGCUGGAGAGGAACUACUGGUGACGUGUAAUGGAACGAGCUCUAUUGAAGUUUUUUCUGCGUCUGAUUUACAUAAACUGAGAAGUAUCAAUAUAAACGAAACAGUGUAUGGAAUAACACAACACAAUGGAGCGUGUUAUGUAGCAUGUGUAGAUAAGAUUAUAAAAAUUGAUAUGUCUGGUAAAAAACUGAAAGAAUAUAAAGUUGAAUGGGGUACUAUUAACAUAAGUACAACAAAACAUGGACACCUUGUGUACUGUAACCAUUCCCUUAAUACAGUAACCGCAAUCACCGAUCAGGGAGACAUCGUCUGGCAGUAUAAACAUAUCAAAAUGAAAGAACCCCGUGGACUUGAUAUAGACUCUGUCGGUAAUAUCUUUGUUGCCGCUAGAGGAAGUGACACUAUCCACGUGUUGUCUGGUGUUGGCAGUCUCAUUAGGAUUAUUGAGGAUAUUUUACAGCCAGUGUUUAUUAAACUAAUGGAGGAGAGGAGUGUGUGUUGUGUGUGCAGCAAUUACAAAAUCAUGAAAGUGUAUAAACUGUAG